AUGCUUAUAAAGCUGUGGGAGGACCACCUGGACGCUUUACGAGGCCACAAGCACAACGGCGGGGUGUACGACAAGAUUGCCGAAAGCCUCAGCAGCAUGGGCCUUCCCCGCACGCGGGCACAAGUCCACAGCAAAAUAGAUAACUUGACUCAGACAUACAGAAAACAUGAACGAGACCUUACAACUGGCUCUUCGCCACCGACGUGGCCGUACUUCAAUGAAAUUAAAAGAUUUAUUGGUUGUUUACCCAUAAACGACUCAUCGCUCAUGGAGGAGAGCUGCUGUAACAGCAGCAGUGACACCGUCGAAAAGCUGAUCUCUGACAUGGAGAGCGGUCUCACUUCAGACAUGACCGACAGUGAAGGCACAUCGGUGACAGGAACACCGACAGAAGAGUCGCCACCACCUUCACCCACCGUGCAGUCUGCUAAGUGA